AUGGUUUCGAUUUCAAAUUUGCUCAAUAAUGGGCUCUUGCUAGUUUCUCAAAACAUAUAUGCUGAUGUUGCGACUCCACAACAAGCUUCGGUCCAAAAGUACAAUAUCUUGAACUUCUUGGGAGGUGCUGCACCUUACAUUGCUAAUGAAGGUUAUGGAAUUGACACUGCUAUUCCUGAAGGGUGUACAAUCCAACAGGUUCAGUUGUUUUCUAGACAUGGUGAAAGAUAUCCAUCAAAGAGUCUGGGUCUGCAACUUGAAGCAAUUAACAAGAAAUUUCAAAACUAUAAUGGAACAUUUAAAGGCGACUUGGCGUUUUUGAAUGACUAUACUUUUUUUGUCCAUGAUAAACAGUUUUACGAGAAAGAGACUACUCCACAAAACUCAGAGGGUACAUUUGCAGGGACUUCAAAUGCAUUGAGAGAGGGUACUAUUGCAAGAGCUAAAUAUGGUUCAUUAUAUAAGGAAAAUUCAACUUUACCUGUUUUUUCUUCCAACUCGGGUAGAUGUUAUGUUACUUCGAGAUACUUUGCAAGAGGAUUCUUGGGAGACAGUUUUAACGAAGGCAAGACUGUCAAGUUCAAUAUCAUUGAUGAAGAUGAAUCCAGUGGUGUCAAUAGCUUGACCCCAAGAUAUGCUUGUCCAAACUAUGAUGACUCGGUGAAUGAUGACAUUGUAGCAAAAUUCAACACAAGUUUCUUGGAUACCAUUGCUGAGCGUUUAGUCAAGCCAAACCCAGGUUUGAACUUGACAGGUAAAGAUGUUAAUAACUUGUUUUCAUGGUGUGCUUAUGAGAUCAAUGUUAAUGGAUCUUCACCAUUCUGUGAUUUGUUCACAAAUGAGGAGUUUAUCAAAUAUUCAUACUCGAACGACUUGGGCAACUACUAUUCAAAUGGUGCUGGAAACAAUUUCACCAGGGUUGUUGGAUCUUCAUUGUUGAAUGCUUCAUUGACUUUGUUGAAGGAUGAAUCCAACAGCAACCAAAUAUGGUUAUCUUUUGCUCAUGACACUGAUUUGGAAAUCUUCCACAGUGCCUUGGGUUUGGUUGAGCCAAAGAAUGACUUGCCUACUGACUAUAUCCCAUUCCCAAACCCAUAUGUACAUUCAUCUAUUGUGCCACAAGGUGCAAGAAUCUAUACCGAGAAGUACCAGUGUGGAGCCGACUCCUAUGUUAGAUACAUUGUCAACGACGCUGUGCUUCCUAUAGAAAAGUGUGCUUCGGGACCAGGCUUUUCGUGUAAGUUGGAUGAUUUUGAAGACUAUAUAAAUGAAAGAAUUGGGGAUAUCAAUUUCACUGAACAAUGUGGUACUAAUUCUUCUGUUCCACAAGAAGUCACAUUUUACUGGGACUACAAAAAUACAACCUACGAUGCGCCUAUCGGAGAUUUCUAG